AUGGCAAAAGUCAUAAGUUUACUUCUUUAUAUUUCACUUUUCCUUUCAUGUUUUGUGAUUUCUGGUUAUGCCAAGAGAAAAGUCUCCAGCAACAGAAAUUAUAAGAUACAGUUUGUCGAUGAUGCUACCCCAACAGGCAGCAACUUCACUUUUAUAUGUGAUCCUUCAAGGACUGAUUCCACUGGAUUGGAUAUAUCAAGCUUUAACUUUUGUGACAAAACACUGUCCUACCGUGUUCGGGCAAAGGAUUUGGUGGCUCGAAUGACAUUGAAGGAAAAGGUUGCACAACUAGGAAAUAAUGCUACAGGGGUGCCUAGACUAGGAUUGCCUUUUUACGGUUGGUGGUCCGAGGGGCUCCAUGGUUUGUCCAAUGUUGGUCCAGGAACCUUUUUUGAUGGUCUUGUCCCUUCCGCAACAAGCUUUCCCACUGUUAUUUUAUCAACAGCUUCAUUCAAUGAGUCACUUUGGAGAAAGCUUGGCCAGGCUGUUUCAGAUGAAGCUCGAGCAAUGUAUAAUCUAGGGCGGGGUGGAUUAACACUAUGGAGUCCAGUCAUUAACGUAGCAAGGGAUCCCAGGUGGGGAAGAAUCUUAGAAACACCAGGUGAAGAUCCUUUCGUCGUGGGAAGAUUUGCAGCUAAUUACGUGAGAGGCCUACAGGAUAUUCCAGGAACUGAAAAAGUUAAGUAUGAGGAUCCAAAUUCUAGACCUAUCAAAGUUUCUGCAUGUUGCAAGCACUUUACGGCCUAUGAUGUUGACAAUUGGCAUGGCGUUGAACGCAUAAGUUAUGAUGCUAAGGUGCCCGAGCAAGAUCUUGUUGAGACAUUCAAUCUUCCAUUCGAAAUGUGUGUUAAAGAAGGGGAUGCUAGCAGUAUAAUGUGCUCCUACAAUCGUGUUAAUGGCAUACCUGCUUGCGCUGAUCCAAAUCUGUUAUCCAAGAUAGUUAGAGAACAAUGGGACCUUCAUGGGUAUAUAGUCGCAGAUUGUGAUUCCGUUCAAGUGAUGGUAGAUAAUCACAAAUGGCUUAAUGUCACCAAGGAGGAAGCUGUCGCAAAAUCACUCAAAGCAGGCAAACAAGGAAAGGUCAAUGUGAAGGACAUCGAUAAUGCACUGGAAAACCUUUAUGUUGUGCUUAUGAGGCUAGGAUAUUUUGAUGGAAGCCCCACAUUCAAAAGGCUUGGUAAGAAAGAUGUCUGCUCUAAGCAACACAUUGAGCUAGCUACAGAAGCUGCAAGGGAGGGAAUUGUUCUUCUAAAGAAUGAGAAUGGAACAUUGCCUUUGAAUCCUUCUAAUUUCAAAACUCUAGCACUAGUUGGACCACACUCCAAAGCUAGGGAAGUUAUGAUUGGAAAUUAUGCAUUUGAUGGACGGCAUGUUGGUAAACCAUGUCAAUACACCACUCCGUUUGAUGCCUUCUCAACCUACGGAAAAGUGAUUAACGCACUUGGAUGUGACGUUCACUGCAAGGACGAGAGCUUGAUAUUCCCUGCCAUGGAAGCUGCAAAGAAUGCUGAUGCUACUAUAAUGUUUGUGGGAUUGGAUUUAACGGUGGAGGCUGAGAGCUUGGACAGGAAUGAUCUCCUUCUCCCUGGAUCCCAGACAAAGUUUAUCAACCAAGUUGCAGAUGUUGCUAAAGGGCCAGUCAUUCUAGUGAUCAUGUCUGCAGGAGGAGUUGAUAUCAACUUUGCUAAGAAUAAUCCCAAAAUAAAAGCCAUCCUAUGGGCUGGAUAUCCUGGAGAGGAAGGUGGCCGUGCCAUUGCAGAUGUCGUCUACGGAAAAUACAAUCCAGGAGGAAGAUUGCCCAUCACAUGGUAUCAGGCUGAUUAUAUAAACAAUUUCCCCAUGACAUCCAUGCAACUGAGACCAGAUGUUAACCAAAAGUAUCCCGGUAGAACAUAUAAGUUCUUCAAUGGAUCGACAGUUUUCCCAUUUGGCUAUGGCCUCAGCUACACCAAAUUCGACUACAAGUUAGCAUCUACAAAGAAUAUAGUCACGGUGCAGAAUGUGGACAGUAGAGAUGGCUCGGAAGUCGUCAUGGUUUACUCCAAGCCCCCUGCUGGUGUUGAUGGAACUCAUUUGAAGCAACUGAUUGGUUUUCAGAAAGUUUUUGUACCCACCGGAGGAAGCAAGAGCGUUACCUUUGCGUUCAAUGCCUGCAAGAGCUUAGGCAUCGUAGACUACGCUGGUAUUCGUCUUUUGCCAUCUGGUGGACAUACAAUAAUGGUUGGAGAUGGUGCAAUCUCAUUUCCAGUUCAAGUCAAUUAUAGUUAG